AGGAACCAGGAAGAAUCGCUACCCUAUCAGGAGCCGAAGUUUCUAGGGCAGCCAGAAGUGAAAGAAAGCAGGGCUUUUGAACCUUUAAUAGUCUUACAGGAUUUCAGCCAGUAGAACUCAUCACACACACCAAACAGGCUAAAAUUCCCUCCUAUGUCCAGCUUUUGGUCACUGGAUAUAUUUCCAGGAAAACAUCAGCUCCAAAACCUUCUUUUAAAAACUGUUUUCUUUUAAACACUGCAAGCUGCCACAUUGGGAGAGGAAUGAAUUCACAAAUUAUGCAUUUUCUUCUGUGCAGUGGGGGUGGAGGACCUGAAAAAGGAACUACCCAUGCCCUCAAAAGUUAAUUUAAAACGUUAGGGUAGCGGAGAGAGAGAAAUGUCAAAGUUGGAAUGAAACAAUUGAUAGUAAUAAUAAUAUUGAUGAUUAUGGUGAUAGAAAUGGGCAAAAGCACAGUUCUACAAAAGCAAGGUAGUCCUACAGUGAGCACUUUAACUUUAGCCCAACACUUGCUGCCUGCAGCUUCUGUCACAACUUGGGUGUUUUCUUCCUUCCAAGUAACGAAAGAAAGUAUUUGUUCCUCUUUGCUUGCCUGCAGAACCAGGAAGCUGCAGUUCGGAGAGCUUAGGGGGAGCUCCCUCCUCCUCUGGCAGGAAAACAACUGAUAGGGCAUGCAGUGCCGCGAGAAACAGACCAUGGCUUCAUGAGAGGCGCUGCAGGCGCUCCCGGGGAGCUUUGGGGGAUGCUGGACCCUGGAGGAGGCAGCAUGGCAGAGGAGCACAUGGAAGGAGGCCUGAAAGAGGGGCCGCAGGCUUCCCGCACCGUGCAGCCCUGUGCACAGCGAGGACCUUUCCAGGCUCAGGCCACUGCUGGCAGCGAGUCCCCAGGCCCCACCAGCCGGGCUGAGAGCCUCCUUCUCCGCCGGAGCCAGCUGCCCAACUUGAACAGGAGCGCGAGCAGGUCCAGCAGAAGAUCAGGCAAGUGGGUGGCAGGAACAGACUCAGCGCGGCUCUCCGUGGGCAGUACAAGGAGGAAGGGACUGAAGGACAUCCUCCGGCAGAACAGCCAGGCCAGCGCUUCGUGGCUGAUGGCUCCACAAAGGGAAGAUCUCCCCGACGGAGGUCAAGAUCAGGGACAUCUCACGGACGCCAACCUGGAUGACCUGUCCUUGGCGCUCGACCCCUUGGAGCAUGAGUGGAUGCUGACCGUGGCCCAAGGAAACGUGGAGGGCAUUCUCCACUUGCUCUCCAAGGACCCCAGCCUGCUCUCCAAGAGGGACUUUGUGACCGGCUUCACCGUCCUGCACUGGCUGGCCAAGCAUGGCCACCAUGAGAACCUGAUCCAGGUGAUCACUUUUGCGGAGAAGAAUUGCUACCCGGUGGAUGUUGAUGUGCGCACGGCCAGCGGCAGGCUGACUCCUUUGCACCUGGCGGCCCUGCAGGGCCAUGAGAUGGUCAUCAAGGUGUUGGUGGGCGCCUACGGGGCCAACACGAGCCUGCGGGACCACAAUGGCCUCAAAGCAUGGCAGUACCUCCGAAGCGACGCUCCCAGGGAGCUGAAGGAGCUCUCUGGGGCUUGUGAGGAAGAUCUGGACACGAUCGGAGCCCAAAACAACAGAAACAACAACAACAACAGCAGGCCGUCCAGGUGGGGUGCUUUCAGCACUUUCAAGGUGGAAUCCAGGGAGAGAAGACCGAGCCAGAGGGCAGGCACCUCCAGCCUGUCCUACCUCAGGAGCAAGCUGAGACGAGCCUUUGCCUACUUCCAACAGCUGUAGGUAUUAGCCUUGGGGCUGACAUCAUUUGACCUGCACGUGGACUGGAAGGAAGCCCUGGAGAUGCUGAGAUCAUUCCCAAAUGGCCGCCUUCAGGGAGCCUGCCCAGGCCUGCUUUGCAGCCCCAGGUAUGAAAACCAGGAGGUCUUCACUUCCAAGAAAUGGGUGUGGGGGAACACACAAACAGAGCUGGUGUGGAUCAGUGGCGAAGCCUGCAACUUCUCCAGAUUGGGAUGUGGUGGGAGCAGCCCCUCUCUCACUCAGAUGGCUCAGCCAUAAACACAGUCAGUCCAUCCGAACUCAACCCCCUUUAACUUAAUGAAGCAAAGGUCGGGCUGAGGCUUCCUCUGGUCUGACUGACCCUGCUGGCUGUGCCCUUUUGUUUGAGAAUGCCAGGAAGCCUCUUGCGGGGACAUGAAGCAGGGCCCUCAAAGUCUACAACGGCUGUCUGCCCAGCGCUAGCCGGCGCUAAGUGCGGGUGCCUGCUUCUCUGCUGAAGCAUUAUUUGCAACCAGUCCACCAGAAGGAAGAGGGAGUCAGACUGCAAGACCCAGCAGCCCGGAACUGUUGCCCCUGACUGGGAGUGGACCUGCAGGCUUUCAAGAAAGUUCCUUUCCUAGCCCUGAGCUGGGGGUGCCAGGGUGAGAAACGGGGACCUUUUGCAAGCCAACCACUGAGCCAGGCAUCCCCACCCACAGGCCUAUCAGACCGCAGAGCGAGUGUUUUUCUUGCUGAAGCCCAAGUUCAGUGUCCUCUUAGCGUGGUCAGGUAGAAAGUCCUGGGGUUGAAGGAACCUCCGCCUGGAAGAAUGUGGGGAACUUCAGGGCAUUCUCAGUUAUCAAGAGCAGGAAUAAGGGAGCUUUGGUCAAGCUGUGGUCAACAUAUUCCUAACUAGGAGCCUAGACUACUUUAUUCCAGAUGGAAUUGUGAAAAGAUCAGCUAGUUUUGACUAGACUAAGUAAAAAUGACUUCAGUAUGACUGUGAGAACUGAAGAUGUAGAGCCUCCAGAAAAAUACUAGCAUCCUGAAUUCAAAUAAAAAACUUUUUGAAAAUAA